AUGCAAAACUUUAUUAAGUAUAAGAUUAUUUUGAAUCUACGUUGUUCGGGGAAAAAUAAUUAUUUGGUUUAUUUUAAAUAAUAUUUAUUAAAUCGACAAUAAAAUUAAGAAAAUCAUUAGUUAUAUAAAAUUUAGAAUAAGAAAGAUAUUAAAUUGAUUUAAAAUCAAUAUAAUAAAUAAGAAGGAUAAUGUAAGGCAAUUUUAUUUGAUAAAACUAAAUCUAUAAAGGUUUCGAAUGAAAUAGAGUAAAUUAAACUUUUGAAAUUUGAAAAUAGAAGAUUGUCUCUAUAAAGUUAACUAUAAAACGGCAGGCUUCAUGUUAAAUUUAUAGUUUAUAGUAAAUUAAUAAAUAACUUUAUUUCAAGUUCUGCAGAUAAGUAGAUCAUUUGUAGGAUUUAGGUUGAUAUCAACUAUUGGAAUUCUAAAGUUUAUAAAUUUCUUAAAGUUACAAUUAAUUGCUUCAUUUUGAAUUAAAGAGAAGAUUAACUAAUAUCAAGUAGAGAUGACAAAUGA